GAUUGGCUUUCAUCUGAAUAUCCCAUUAUUAGUUAUACUUCCAAUACAAAACAUCAAUUAAAUCGUCUUAUUUCCUGUACAUUACCUGAAGCUAUCUUAGGACGAAUUGAGCUCUUAGUUUUAAGUAUUAGAUAUAACG